AUGUCUGCUCCUCUCAAAGAUGCGCAGCUCUUUUCCCUCAUGCUCGCGACUGCGUUCUGUAUCCUAGGCAUGAGCGUCGGCAUCGAUGCCCUGGUCAAGUCCAUGCGGCAGAAGAACAAACUCCGCCACAGCACAGCUGCCGGCGUAUCCGUGUCCAUUGACACCUCCGACAUCUUCAACUCGGGCGUUGUCAACACCGUCAUCUGUGCCCUCCUCACCACCCUCAUCUCUGCCUCUGCACGCCGCCAAGGUCUCCACCUAGUUUGA